AUGCGCCCCACGUCUGCCCACAUCCUGUCACAUUGCGUUUCUGUGUGCCCGUCGGUGUUGUAUGCGUGCACUUCCCGCUCAGUGUCCCGCUUCCACCCGUGCAGCACCGUCCGCUCCUUCGCGAUGAUCCACCCUGCGGGUUUUGCUUCUGAUCGGGUGACACGUGUCGGUCAUCCGCAGCACCCCCUCUGUUCCCACUACAGUAAGGGUUUCCUCGUCCAUCGAGUCAACCCCCGUAAAUAUGGAGGCGAGGGUCUUAUUACCGUCCAUGUCAAAUGUCAGUUCUUCGGAGAAUUGCCUGAUGACACCCCUUUACCCGCCUGUUUUGAGAAUGCGGCCGGUCACCUCCACCUCCACCUCCACCGGAAGCUGCAGUUACAUAAUGUGCAAAAAGUAGCGGAGGCUGUACCACUCCAUGUCACCAAGUGUUUCGUGGGGUUCAAGCGCGGGGUCCAUGCGAAUACUUUUACGUAG